GAAAGGUCUGUGGCCCGUGCGUCGAACGCUGCUUGCCUUUACCUUGCCGAUUCCAGGUCAAGGUAAAGGCACCACAGCAGCCUCGAUCUCUCCGGUGACAACCCUCGAGUCGUCAAAUCCAGUCCCCCAUCACCUUUGAACACUCUCAAGGCUCGUAAGGGAAAGUCUCCAACCAUCGACGCCGCAUUCAUCCAAAUGUCGACCAACGGCGAGAGUCCGGAAGCGGAGGUCCAGGCCGAUUCCAGGGAUCCAAGCGGCUUCCUGAGCGAAAUCAUCGGCGCCCCGGUCACUGUCAAGUUGAACUCGGGCAUUAUCUACAAAGGUGACCUGCAAUCCGUCGACGGCUACAUGAACAUCGCCCUCGAGCGUUGUAAGGAGGUAGCAGACGGGAAGGUGGUCCGCAACUGGGGAGAUGCUUUCGUUCGCGGCAACAACGUCACAUACAUCAGCGCCGACAAAGCGUAAAUGUCACUGUUCAGGAUGGACUGGGGACGCUUUAAAGAGGGAGGCCUAGGAGGGUCACGAACCUGACAGGCGUGGACGCCACCAGGAAUGAGGAGUAUCUUUCAUAUAUAGCAG